UCAUGAUCACAGAUUGUCAUGAAUCUCAUAUUUCACAUAUUUUUAACAAAAGCAGAAGAUGAUAAUCAUAAUAAUAAAAGUUUGAGAUGUGUCACUACUUUUUUUUAGUCCUAUAUUUGCUUUGAUUGGCCAAAACAUGACCCAUGAUAUGGCUUUUGGUACAAGAAAGCAGUGCCCCCCAACUUCUACAUCUAUUAACACUCUGUCUAUGCCCUCAUUGCAUGUGAAGACAUCAUUAUCUAUCACCAUGGAUUUGAAGAGCUGAACAUGGGAAAUGAAAUGGGUAACAACAGCACAUCAAGUUUCAAAGAAGAAGAUACCAUUCACACCAAUGUUGAAGAUCCAAAAGGGUUGUCAAACAAGACUGCUGGUGUUGAUGAUAUUAAAGGGGAAAAUUAUUUAGUAGAUGCUGCUGAAGAUAAUAAUUUUCAUGACAAAGCUAAUGAUUCUGCUCCUCAUAAUCUGGAGAGAGUUGAUGAUGUUAAAAAAUCAUCAAGCAGAAAAGUGCAAGAAGAAAGUGAAAUUUCUGUUCUUACUGAUCCUCCGAAAGUCACAGGGGGGUUAGACGAAAUAGGUGAUGAAAGCAGUGAAAAUAAGCUAAACAAGAAUGAUUUUUCCCUGGGAAGUAAUGAAAAUAAGCUUCAAAAGCAGGCCUCUGUUAGAAAAGAGCAAGAGGAAAUUGAAAACUUCGUGUUUGAUCCAAUAUCCAUUUUAUCACAUGAUCAAGAACCUCCAAAACUUGAAAAUUCAAAUGGAAAACAACAUGAAUUGGCCUCAAUUCAGGCUGAUCAGUCUGUCCCAGAUGACAACAGGAGUGAGGAAGUUCUAGGCUCAAGUUUGAAGUCUACUGUGGAGAAUGGUCACCUGUCAGAGGCUGAGGAAUCAGAUAAUACAGAAGCAUCUGCUCUAGGGGAAAGUGAAAUAUAUGAAGGGAUUGAGGAAGUUCUAACACAAAGUUUAAGUUCUACCAUUGAAAUUGGUCACUUGUCAAAGGCUGAGGAAUCAAACAAUACAGAAGAAUCUUUACCGGGAGAAAGUGAACUAUAUGAAGGGACUAAGGAAGUUAUAACACCAAGUUUAAACUCUAGUGUGGAGAGUGGUCACUUGUCAGAGGCUAAGGAAUCAGAUAAUAUAGAAGCAUCUGUACCAGGAGAAAGUGAAGAAUCUGGAGAGAAUGAGGAAGUCCUAACAUAUAGUUUAAACUCUAGUGUGGAGAGUGGUCACUUGUCAGAGACUGAAGAUUCCAAUAAUCCACAAGCAUCCCUUUUAGGUGACAGUGAAGUAUCUGGGGAGGUUGGGGAAGUUCUAACUUCAAGUUCAAAAUCCUGUGUUGAGAAUAUUGGUCACUUGUCAGAAUCUGAGGAGUUUGAGAAUCUAAAAGCAAGUGUUGAAACUGAAUCAGAUACUUUCAUUCAGAAGAAAAAGGAGGAUUUACUUGUCUGUGGUGAUGAGUUUGAAUCUAAAGAUGGAGAUAAAGUAGAUGCUGGAUUAAGUAUUGUAACAGCAGAAGAAACUAUUCUAAGUGACAAAAGUGAAGAAGGGUUUUCAACAGAAGUGAGUUUAGGAGAAGAUGACUCCUCAGAAUCAGAAACCAUCUCAGUGGCUAACUCACCAAAUCUUCAUCAGAUAGUUCCUAAAACUGAAGACAAAUGCAUGAUUGUUACAGAGAAAAUCAGACUCAGAGAAAAAAAGCUGGAAAAUGGAGAAUACAAAUACAAGUCUGACUACAAUUCAACUGAAUCUGAAACUGAAGCCAUUGAUCAUGUCAAUGAUUCAAAGAUCAAUAAAGAUUGUCCAAGUGGGGAAGCAAAGGUUGUUGAGAAUGAUCAACCAGUGGUUGACCAGGAAAGUCUCCAGGAAUCUGAAGGUCAUAUUGUGAUUGUUACUGAGCAUGAUAUCAUUCCAUCAGACUCAAAUGAUGAGGAGGAAGAAGAAUCAUCAGAGAAGAGAAUUGUUGAAGAAAGAGAGGACGCUACAGAACAAUUACAUGUCACCGAGAUCAAAACGGAAGAAAUCCCAAUUAAAGUUGAGCAAGCAGAAGCAGUACUGGCCCCUCAAACUUUGUUAUCUUCUGUCCAAUCUGAUCAAAAUUGCAAGUCUAUCCAAGAAAUAAACCAAAGUAGUUGUGGCGAGUUCCUUACUGCUGAAGUUUCAACUUUUGAUCCUACAAACUUGAUAGCAGAGAUAAUAGUCUCAAAACAAUGUAUUGAAAGGCCAGACGUUAUAGCAGAAGAAGUCAAGAUUCCAAGAAGUGAGAUAAACCGAGAGACUGUUGAAAGAGUCAGUACAGGAAGCAUGGAAAGAUUCAGCACUGAUUCAGAAUCUGACAACUCCAAUCUUCAUUCUCAGAUGAGAAAAUCUCCAAGCUUCAAUAUUGAUCUUCAAAAUGAAGAAUCAGAAUCUGAUCGUACCCCAUUGAUGUAUCAUGACAAGGCUUCAGUCCAAGGCUUACCAAGCCAAGAUAAUGUUAGUCUUGUUGACCCUGUGAAGCUGAAUGGACAUGAUCAAGUCAUGACGCAAUAUCAUCCAAUGCCAUUGCCAUUGCCAAUGGUAGAGACAGUUGUUAAGUUGGAAAGGAGUGACUCUGAAAAGUCAAAAACUCCAUUCUUGGGAUUCCUGAAAGAAGAAGAAGAAGUUCAUAUAGUUGUUACUUCACAGCAACAUAGUACUAAUGGCUCUGCUAAUCAGACAGUAGCAAAGGAUUUGUGGAAGUCAUCUUCUAAAGAAGAAACUUCAUCAACUUCACCAAAAGCUAAAAUGAAGCGCAGGGUCAAAUCCUCACUCUUCGGAAAUUGUAUGUGUUGUGCUACUGUCAUCAACUAAAUGCCUUUUGAAUUUUAUUUUUAUUUUUCAUUUUUUUGAUAUGAGCAUAUAUUGGAAUUUCUAAGUCUUAAGAAAAAGAAAAAAAAAAGUCGGAGUUUCGAUGAGAGAUAGAGUGAGUAAAACUCCAAAAUUGUGACUUCUCUUUGUUUGGAUUAUUUUCCCUUUUCUAUUUUUCAUUUGUUUAUUAAUUGAGAGAUGAUUUGUAAUGGUUGGGAGGAAAUUUGUACUAAAUUAUUACAUUUAUAGGUAGCUUUGCUACCUUUGUUUGUAAUAUUUCUUCAUUUUAUUGUUCAUAUACUAUAAAUGAUAUCUG